GACGCGACGCGUGAGUAUGGGGCAUGAGCGCAUCCCUGAAGAUGUGAACGGUACUGUGUAUUGAAAACAAUCGUGACGCGACAGAAAAAUUGCAUGAUACACGUUGUACGAAACGGACGUAUCCUCUGGCCUGUAUUAUCGAGCUUUUGUCCCGGCGGCAUUGUACCGUAUCGAAGUGAGAACUGUCAGUCCGCAAAUGUCCGGUGAAUCGAUCGUGUAACACGCGACAGCCGAACGAUACGUCGCCCGAUGAAAAUUGGCGGUCUCGUGUGCUACAGAUCGAGGCGAUUUCGGGAUUAAAUCGUUCGUCGAUGCAACACUCGUCGUCGCGGGUGCCUGUCAGGGAUACGUGAAGAAGGUUCUUUCUGUGAAUACGGCUGAGAGAGGUAUCGAGCAGCCAAUAUGUCGGUGCUUCUGGAGGCUAGGUCUUACAGGCCUUUCAAGUCCUCGGAGGAGUAUCUGAUCGCGAUGAAAGAGGACCUGGCCGAGUGGUUGAACGCGCUGUAUCCGGAGCUGCGAAUCAACGUUGACAAUUUUAUGGACAGGCUGGACACCGGCGUCGCUCUGUGCAAACACGCGAACAACGUACGCAAGUCAGCAGCGGAGUACGUGGCGCGGCGACAAGCGCGCAAGAUCUCGAUGACACGAUCGAUGACCUCGUCGCUGGCGUUGCCGAUGAGCCAGCUGAGCGACGUGGCCUUCCUGCCGAACGCGAAGGCCGGCACCUUCUUCGCCCGUGACAACGUGUCGAACUUUAUCGGCUGGUGCCGCAACAGUCUAGGCAUCAUCGAGUGCCUGUUGUUCGAAACCGACGACCUGAUUAUGCGCAAGAACGAGCGUCACGUGAUCCUGUGCCUGCUGGAGGUCGCCAGGCGAGGCGCGAAGUUCGGCAUGCUGGCUCCUAUGCUGGUGCAGAUGGAGAGACAGAUCGAUCGCGAAAUCGCCGCUGAAAAUAAGGCUGCGAACGGAGCCCAUGGAAAUGCCGGGAACGAGGAGAGCGACGACGAGUAUGCUGACAUGCAGCAGGAAGAACCGUGUCUCAUAUACGGACCCCAGCCGCAGAUCGUUACCAACGACCUGAAGAGCCUGGACGAAAUGGUUCGAGACUUGGUGGAGAGGUGCACGUGCCCCACGCAGUUCCCAAUGAUUCGCGUUUCUGAGGGGAAAUACCGGAUCGGAGACACGAAGGUGUUGAUUUUUGUGCGAAUUCUUCGAAGCCACGUUAUGGUGCGAGUGGGUGGCGGCUGGGACACCCUCAGCCAUUAUUUGGACAAGCACGACCCGUGCCGAUGCAGAACCUCGCAUCGCUCGAUGAUCUCAGCGAAGUUGAUUCAAAAGGCUGGAGGGUCGUUCGACCUUGGCAGCGCGCAGGUGCAUUACGAAAGAUCACCUCCUAGAACUCGACGGAGUUCGGCGUCGAGCGUCGGUUCGUGCGCAGGCGCGGUGCAGAACCAGCAGUCGACGCAGCUGCACGCGGCCAGGAGCGUUUCCAACAAUCGGUCGCGAUCGCCCACGCCCCACCAGCCGAUCGGCAAGCAACAGCAACAGCCCGGUGACGAGCCACGGAAGAUCAACCGGUCGAGGAGCCCCACGCCUCAGAGGAAGUUCCUGGGCAGCCCUGCUCAUCAGUCGGAUUUCGGCAAGCAACGAUCUAGAUCGCCGACCCCGAAGGCUCAGCUCAGGUCCAGCAGUCCUUCGACCAAGCUGGACCACGGCAAGCUUGGGACCAGCGCGGAUUCGCCUAGUAGAAGCGUCAACGAGGAGGCCCGUUCGCCGACCUAUCAUGGAAGGCAUCUGGAAGCUAAGGAUGCGAAGAAGGACCUCCACCAAGAGAUCCGCACGAAAGUCCCUCUGUCGGAGGAAUUCACGAAACGAUACGUGGUGGACGGCGGCGUGGCGCGCAGAGCGGUGGACAAAGACGACACUCCGAAGUACGAACCGACGAUCUAUAACUACAAGUGCCGCGAGGACUCCAGCAGCCGCAGUCCGACGCCCAGUCCACCGGCGAUCAAGGAGGAACCGGUCCUGGAGAGUUUCAGCAAAGACGUGAUCGGGAACGUGCAUUACACCAAGUCCCCGCACGACGGCGAGCACUCCGACAACUGCAGCGAAGUGUCCGACGAAGGUUACCGAAGUCUCGGAGCAGUGCAGCCAACCACCGGCAACGGAAAUCCCGGGACGUGCACGCAAGGAUCGCCCACGGUUGCCGAUUGUCAAAAGCAACCCGCCAAACCCGAGCCAGAGGAGAGGUCUUGCGUGGAAACGGAGAGCAUCGAGACAGGCCUGCGCAAGACACGCAUAGGCCCAGCCAGUCCUCUUCGCGCUUCGCCUUCGAGAAGCCUGGCCUCCUCCUCCGGGGACCGGACCCCUCGUGCAGGUUCCAUCGUCCGCGAGAACAGCAACGUGUCCAGAGCCUCUUCCGGCAGCAGAACCCCCAGAGACAGCAACUCCAGCCCGGAAGGUAGCCCGCUGAAGCGAGGAACCAUCAGGAACAGUCUGCGCAAACCACCGACAGGCAGUCUGAGCAAGGCAUCGAUGGUAGCCAAGACCUGUCAGAGUCCAGUGAGUGGUAGUAACACGUGGAACGGUAGACAGGCCAGGCAGAGGCCCAGUAUCCAGUCCGAUACCUUCCUGAACCCGCAAGGAUCGGCCACUUGUGCAACCACUCCUAGUUUCACCAGGAAGAGUCCAGCCAGGCAGAGUCUGCCUAGGCAGAGUACGAAUGGUAUCCAAUACGACAGGAAUGGCAGAAGGAUCAAGACAGCCACUGGGUCCCUUCAGUCCUCGCCUACCAAGGUAGCCAAUCCGCUGUUGGAACAGAUCCUUCAGAAAGUGGGCCACUUGCAGGACGAGCGCGAAGUGGUCCAGAAGCUUCAGGAUCUGCUGAGGGACUACCAAGCUCAUGGUACCGGCGAUGGUGUCGCGAAUAUGGAGUUCACCAGGGCAUGGAUCGACGGUAACGGGACCGUGGCGUUGCCCCAGGACAAUCAGAUGACGGCCAGUCCUAGGAAGGAUCCCAAGCCGGUCUCGGAGAGGGGAGGUUUCUCCAGGAUACCAGCGCCAGUCUACAAGAGGCCUAUGUCCGUGGCGUCCGACAGCGUGUGAAGCUUCUCGCCGCUGUCGAGCAACGUCCGGAGGACGACGUCGAUGAUGAUGCUGGUUCGGAACGUGUCCUCGAGGUCAUCGGACUCCUCGAUCGCGGACAGGCUGGACUUUGCGGAGCCUCGCGAGUGCUCGUCUCUUCCUUGCUCGUGACGCCCUCGAUUUUAGAGAUUCUAUGCCGAUUACGUGCUCACGUGGACACGUGGAGCUUGUGUGGAAAGGUGGGAGGGCGAUGGUAACCGAGUGUCCAGGUGGGGGUGAAGGAAUGAGGUUAGGGAGGUUCCGAUUUUAAAUACUUUCUCAAGGCGUGUUUCUAUGGUGCUUGAAGGAUAUCCUUUCUUUUGGAACGUAGUGUAAAUAUUAGAAUCGUGUUUAGGAAUUUUGGAAAACACUGUCCCCUGUUCUCGCUCAUGUUAGAGGAACUUUCCCAUUCUCUUUUCUUUUUCCAAGGGGACAAAAAGGAGUUGGAAGGUGGAUUCAUUCCUUCAUGCCCAAAAGCGAUACUCUGACGAAUGGUUACCAUUGCUCCAAGAAUCCUGGCGAAAGUAGAAAUGAUAGGUCCAUCGUGCUUAAGUGGUACUGGCGAAAUUUCUCGGUCCAAGCUUCCACGGUUCUUAAAAGCUGAGGAUCCACCUCUCCACGUGUCUUGUGACAGCAGAUCGAAGGCGUCCGAUUAGAGGAGAGCUUAACGGGCCUUAACGGUACGGGGUCGAUCAGUUAGCUCGUAGGAGUCACGUGUAUAUCGGGGUGGUGCUUGGAUGGUGCUGAACGAGAUGACGUUCGUGAUGCAAAUAAGAUUAUAUAAGGUGACCAAAAGUUAAAACGAAAAAAAUUUACAAAAGAGAGAAAAAAGGAGAAAAAAAAGAGAAGGGAGAGGAA